CAUGAUGAUCUUAUUUAUGUUUGUGUCUUGCUUUUUCACACAGUAGACAGUUGAGUUAAAUUGGGGUUUAAAUACAUUAAGAGGUGAAUGUGGGGGGCAAACUUACAACAGAACUUUGGUUUUGAAAGGGAAAACCAGAACAUUUGCUUUAUUUGUUGAAAUUAUAGAAAAGGAAGGGAAAUUUGCAAUUACUCUGCAUGUUAAAGUGAGGCUUUAGGCCUGGAUAUGAUACAAAGGGGCUUCAAAAAGUCUGCGGAAAGGAAUUGAAAGAUAAUGGACUUUUUUUUUUUUUGGAAGUGUUCUCGAACAAUCCACAAGUCUCAGACUGAUGGCCAAAGCUGAUAAUCUGCCUGGUGUUUUAAAGUGGGACACAGGGACACAGGGCAUACUCAUAACUUUCUGGUCUUAUAAGUUUGCCAGUGCUCGAGUUCAUUAUUGUUCAUGUAAUUUUAAUUAAACUUAUAUUUUGAUGGUUUAGUUUAGCAACUUCAUGUUGUAAAUUUUGGUGCUGAAGAAAGAAAUUACAGACCUUGGUAUAGUCAAGAAAAUGAAGAGAAAUGAAAAUUCAACUCGAAGUACAGCAGGCUGUUUGCCUGUACCAUUGUUCAAUCAGAAAAAGAGGAGCAGACAACCAUUAACUUCGAAUCCACUUAAAAAUGAUCCAGGAAUCAGUACUGCUUUUGACAGUUAUGAUUUUCCUCCUUUACCAACAGAUUGGGCCUGGGAAGCUAUGAAUACAGAGUUGCCUCCUUUAUCAAAAACAGUGAACACAGGGCAAAUAUCACAUUCAAUUUCUCGUCCCUUGAGAAGUCAGGAUUCUACUUCUAAACCUAUUCAGCCAGAAACUGAAAGAAACCAGAGUGGCUGGAGCUACAGAGAUGACAUCAAAAAUACCACUUUGAAAACUUGGGAUAGAAAUGAUUUUAGGCCUCAGUACCAAAAAACAAAUCUGAUUGCAAAUGACGGAAUGAAUUCUUCUCCAAUGAGCCUGGGAGCUCAACCGAAACAAUUAAGAGUCACUGACCAUCUGAAGUUAUCUCACCAAAGAGAAACCGAGAUUCUCCGACAACCCCAUUCAUCAAAUGUUUCUAGCUCCACAGUGAGAGCUAAGGACAAAAAUAGUGCUUUACAGGGGUUUAAGUCCAAUUUUCAACAGAAUCAAUUUAAGGAAAAAAUGAUGGCUGAUACUCCAGAAAAAAAUACUCUCAAGGAAACUUCAUCAUAUCAAUUAAAACUUAAGGAAAAAGAUAACUCUUUAAGAAUUAUAUCUGUGGUCAUUGAAAGCAUGAAGUACUGGCGUGAACAUGCACAGAAAGCUAUACUUCUUUUUGAAAUGUUGGGUGUUCUUGACUCAGCUGUUAUUCCUGGCCCAUAUUCUUCAAAGACUUUUCUUCUGAGAGAUGGGAAAAAUACUCUGCCUUGUGUGUUUUAUGAAAUAGAUCGUGAACUUCCAAGACUGAUUAGAGGCCGAGUUCAUAGGUGUGUGGGAAACUAUGACCAGAAAAAGAACAUUUUCAAAUGUGUUUCUGUCAGACCGGCAUCUAUCGCUGAACAAAAAACUUUCCAAGAAUUUGUUAAAAUUGUAGAUGCUGAGAUGAGGUAUUAUAUUAACGUAAUGAAUGAGAUUUAAAUAAUGAUGAUGGAAGUUGAAAUAGAAUAAGUUAAAGCAUUUACUUUUAUUAUUGCUUGAAUUAU